AUGACAUUUACCUCCAGCAGCCUAAGAGCUGCUGCUGUUUGUACAAACACCUUGGUGAACAAUCUCAGCUUUGAAACUAGUCCAAAUGAGGAUGUAGAGGAUGAUGGUGAUACUGAAUCACGAGAGGAGGAAGAGGAAGUGAAAAACUACUCAAGAAGAAAGAUUGUUUCAAACUGGAACCGCUAUGAGGAUGCAGAAAAAGAGGGUCAGAGAGAAUGUGGAGAAUCACAGAGAGGAACAGACUUCAGUGUUUUGCUUAGCUCAGCGGUGGAAUUUAUUUAUUUAUUUAUUUAUUUCAGGACAGAUGGAAGCUUUGUGGUUCAUGAUGUACCGUCAGGGUCUUAUGUAGUAGAAGUUAUAUCUCCUGCUCAUAAAUUUGAGCCUGUUCGAGUUGACAUAACUUCAAAAGGCAAAAUGAGAGCAAGAUACGUGAAUUACAUCAAAACCUCAGAAGUUGUCAGGCUGCCAUACCCGCUCCAGAUGAAAUCUUCCGGACCUCCUUCAUACUUCAUAAAGAGAGAAUCUUGGGGAUGGACGGAUUUCCUCAUGAACCCCAUGGUUGUGAUGAUGGUUCUUCCACUACUGAUAUUUGUGCUUUUGCCUAAAGUUGUCAACACCAGUGAUCCUGAUAUGAGACGGGAAAUGGAGCAGUCAAUGAACAUGCUGAAUUCGAACCAUGAGCUGCCAGAUGUCUCUGAAUUCAUGACAAGACUGUUUUCUUCAAAGUCUUCCAGCAAGUCUGGUGGUAGUAGCAGUAAAGCAGGGAAAAGUAGUUCUGGAAAAAGGAGGUAGUUAUGUCCUCCUCCAGGCCUGAGUUUGCACAACUAUUUGUUAUGUGGUAUCAUGUCUAUUUGUCUUGAAAUAUCAAAAAGCCACUACUGCAACCUUUUAUUUGGCACAAAAUACGGUAUGCUACAACUGUGGUGUGUAGCUUUUUUUUUUAAAGUCUAUAUAAGCUGCUUUGUACUUGACAGUAAGCAGAAGAGGAGAUGGCUUCUGUACGGUAUCUGUAUAAAGUUAUUGAAUUAAUGCUCUGUAGUGAAUGUUAUAAAUUAUAUGAUGUGCUAAACAGUAACGAGUGUCUGUUGUGGAAUGAAUGAGGGGUUACACUCAAGGAGAAAUAGCAGUAUGUUUUACUGUGUGCUGAAUUAUCCCUUGGCUAUUGCGUUGUUUCCUGUCUCUCCCAAAUGUGCCUUGAAGCAGCUAUUGUGACCACACGCAUCCAUCACAUCUGCCGCCAGAGGUUGUCACUUGAGCAGGGUUAUGGGAUGGGUGAAAGUUUGGGGAAGUGGGGAAGCAAACUGUCACGAUGCCUUAAUUGUAAGGCAAUAUAAAAACAAAUUCAGAGAUGAUAGUUCUCAGUGAAGAUGGCUUUAAUGUUUUAUGUUUCUGUUAAUUUUGGAAACGAACCUCCUUUCAAAACUGAGUUGUGGGUUUACUAUGUAAUUUGAUGUAUCUGCUUGUCAGAUAAAAGUUCUAAAAUCA